AUGACAACCUGUCCGCUAUGUACAACAAAUUUGGAAGCACACAACAACUACUUCUUAAAUCUUCUUAAAGGCAGUAAACCAUUAGUGUCUAAUGUUAAGGAAUUUGGUGCUAACUUUGAAAAAAUUAACUUUUCAGAACCCUUUGAUCAAGCAUUUGAAUCAUGUUUCAUAUCCGGAAUAUACUGGACAUUGUCAUCACUCAUAAUUCUUAAUCCACAUGCAAAAUUAGUUGAUAUCAUCAAAUAUGAUGAGUUAAUUGAUAUUUUUAAUGCUGUUAUCGCUUGCUCGCAAACUCUAGGCAGUUAUGCUCUGGGAUUUGCGCCAUUUUACAAAAAUUUCUACUAUUCGCCAACAAUAUUACACACCUUACAUGCAAUGCAAAUUCUUGUUAUUUUGUCGGAGGACAUAGGCGAUUAUGUCACUCGUUGGGCUGCUACUCACAGUAAAAUGCUCAUUAACUUUCUAAAACUACAAAUUUUGUCAAACGGCUCCGUUAGCCGAACCACUUAUGAAGGUGACAUUCAAAGUAAUAAUAUACAACGCAACAAAUUAUCAUCAAUCAAAAACUCGGCAUUAUGUGGAGAUAUAAGAGAUGUUGCUUCAUUGUUUGGCACGGUUAACUUGUUGCACAAGUUAACUGGCAUCGACUAUUCCAAUGAAUUUGCUAACAUCUUGCCAAAAACUGUCGAAUGGAUCAUUAGCUGUAAAAAUGAUGAUGGAGGGUACGGGCUGAGGCCAGGUGAAGAAAGUCACAUUGGCGCAUGUUUCUGCGCAUCUGCCAUUAGCAAAAUAAAAAUUAUUAGGGAUUUUACAACUGAUAAAGAAAUAGCAUUCUGUGACACUGUGAGUAUGUGUAAAUGGUUAAAAGCUAGACAGCGUACAAAUGGGGGCAUAUCUGGCCAUGGAGACAAAGCACCAGAUGUUUGCUAUUCUUAUUGGCUUUUGGCAACUCUGGCUUUAACAUCUAAUGAUGGCAACGGCAAUUGUGAGAUUAACCUCGAUAAGCUUGCAAAGUUUAUCAAUAGCUGUGCCAGCCCUAGAGGUGGUUUUUCAAAAUAUCCCAUAUCACAAUCUGGUAAUGGAUACUUCGCACUGCUAUUCGACAUGGAAAAUAGUCCAGAUCCUUACCAUUCAUUCAAAUCCUUAGUAGCACUAUCAUUUAUUGGUAGAAUAUUAUCUUCUCUUUGCAUUCAGCACAAAUUGGUAUCUAUUAAUCCCUUGACUGCACUUAUAAUACAUUCCAACACAUAG